CCUCCCAGCGCAGCAACUUUUCCCCUCAGCCGUUUAAACUUCGGUAACCGGUCAAAAUCAUGGGAAAACUGAAUUUUUACGUCCUUUGGUCCCUGCGUGACGCUCCCCGGCAGUUUAGUAGUAAGUCCAACAGAAGGCGCUUCCAGGUCCACAUCCCGCUGCCUCUUCCCAAACACCUGGUCAUCUUCGGCUUGGGAGAAUGGCCGUGCAAAGACGCAACGUUGUCGGCCGAGGUGGUGGUCGGGGAGGGCGUCCCGGCGCAGAACAUAGGGACGCUGUCCGCUCAGAUAAAGUGUCUGACCUGGGAAGGUGACUGGAGCGAUGACGUCACCGCGGUGGCUGCAGAGAGGGCCAGGAAAGGAGUGUAUGGCAAGAUAGUGCUGAAGGUCUGCGGAGAGGACGACCUCAGCGUCGCUGGCAGCCCGUCUUUGGCCCAGAGGAGGCGCCUGAUGUCAGAGCAAAGUGUGACGGACCUCUCCAGUACUUUACAGGAAACAGCGGAAAACGAAACGAUGAUCUCAGAGAUCUCACACAACAACGGUGCUUCUGAGAUCCAAGUGAAUAAAGUUGACACCAGUGACUCCCCCCACCCUGCAGCGUGGCCUACGGAUAAGACACCCAGGCGUGCCGUCGUUAGUCGGCGAGCCCGCCUGACGUGGAGCUCAGAGGAUAUGGACAGUCUCUCAGAGGACAAAGCGUCCACCCCCAAGAAAAGGAAGCUGCGCAGGAUGAGCAGCCAGGAGGAAAUGACGGCGCAGAUUAAGAGCGAGAGCAGGCAAGUUUCAGCGCGUCCGUCAAAGCGCUGGAGCCAUGCUAUGUGUCUGAGCGACCCAGAUACGGCCGUCCUCAUCGGGGGGGAAACGUCGGAUCAGAACUACUGCAAGGAUUCCCUGUGGAAGCUGGAGUUGGACAGUGACUUCUGGUUCCCUAUGAGCUGUUCUGCCUCUGGACCAGUGCCUCCAUGCGCCCGAGGACACACGGCAACCUUUGACCCAGACUCUAAGGCGGUCUUUCUGUACGGUGGCCUGAGGGAGGGUCAGCGCUACGCCGAGCUGUACAUCCUUAACACUCUGACCUGGACCUGGAGGCUUGUCACUGCGAAAGGGAGCGUGCCGAAUCUGUCGUACCACUCGGCUGUGUUCUACCAGAAAGAGCUUUUUGUGUUCGGAGGAGUUCGGCUCAGCCACGCGCUGGGAGAUAAAUCCUGCAGCAACGCUCUCUACAUCUUCAGCCCAGAGUAUGAGCUCUGGUACCAGCCCAUUGUGGAGGGGGACAGACCUCUGCCUCGCUUUGGGCACUCGGCUACGCUUCUUGGACAGAAACUGAUCAUUUUUGGAGGACGAAAGACGGCCGCCUACCUAAACGAUCUUCAUAUUUUGGAUCUGGGACUGAUGGAGUACACAGCUGUGAAAUACGCCAACAUGCCACCGUUGCCUCGAGGGUUUCAUGCAGCAGUGCCAGUGUUGGAUAACCGGAUUUUGAUCAGUGGAGGCUGCAGCGCGAUCGGAGCUCUGCAGGACGUGCAUGUCUUCAACACAGACACCGGCAUGUGGAGCUCAGUGGCAUGCCCCCUGCUUUGCUCCAAACCCCGAGCAGGACACAGCAUGAUAAAUCUACAAACGGAGCAGGAUGAAAACAGAAACAUCAAGUGCUCAGUGCUGGUCUUCGGUGGCUCCGACUGCUCGGGUUCCUUCUACGACGACACGAUAAAGUGUCCCGUGGAAAUUUCUGGUGACAAAUGAUUCCGUUCAUGCAGCUGCAGAUAACUGAUGUAAGAGGUGAACCUCUCCUUCGCUUAACCCUGGCUGUAAAUCCUCCAUAGCGUGACCACAAAUUGUGCACCAGCGA